GCUCGCUUUCUAGUUAGCUUCCUCAGCUGGAGUCUGUUCGGGGGCAGAGCAUUCCGCAACGCCUGCCCAAGCCGCCCCUCCUCCUAAAUCCUCCCGUCUCCUCUUCCGAAAUCGAGAGCGCGGAGAUAAAGUCGUCGCCUGCGCCGGCUUUGUGCUCCUGUGCUUGUGAGGAACGAGCGCUUCUGCCUUGUGUGGGGAGUCGGGUCGAGGGGGGAUGAGCGGAGGCAUGGACGGGGCGCCGGUGGCCGAGUUCCGGCCGACGGUGACGCACGGCGGCCGGUUCCUCCAGUACAACAUCUUCGGCAACCUCUUCGAGGUCACGGCCAAGUACCAGCCGCCUAUCAUGCCUAUCGGCCGCGGCGCAUACGGGAUCGUCUGCUCGGUGAUGAACUUGGAGACCAGGGAGAUGGUGGCGAUCAAGAAGAUCGCGAACGCCUUCGACAACCACAUGGACGCCAAGCGCACGCUCCGGGAGAUCAAGCUCCUCAGGCACCUCGACCACGAGAACAUCAUAGGCAUGAGAGACGUGAUCCCGCCGCCGAUCCCUCAGGCGUUCAACGACGUGUACAUCGGUACCGAGCUGAUGGACACGGACCUCCACCACAUCAUCCGCUCCAACCAACAACUCUCGGAGGAGCACUGCCAGUACUUCUUGUACCAGAUCCUGCGCGGGCUCAAGUACAUCCACUCGGCGAACGUGAUCCACCGGGACCUGAAGCCGAGCAACCUGCUGCUGAACGCCAACUGCGACCUCAAGAUCUGCGACUUCGGGCUGGCGCGACCGUCGUCGGAGAGCGACAUGAUGACGGAGUACGUUGUGACGCGGUGGUACCGCGCUCCGGAGCUGCUGCUCAACUCGACCGACUACUCCGCCGCCAUCGAUGUCUGGUCCGUUGGCUGCAUCUUCAUGGAGCUCAUCAACCGCCAGCCGCUCUUCCCCGGCCGCGAUCACAUGCACCAGAUGCGCCUCAUCACCGAGCUGAUCGGGACGCCGACGGACGAGGAGCUCGGGUUCAUCCGGAACGAGGACGCGAGGAAGUACAUGAGGCACCUGCCGCGGUUCCCGCGCCGACCGUUCGCGAGCCUGUUCCCGGGGGUGCAGCCCGUCGCGCUGGACCUCAUUGAGAGGAUGCUGACAUUCAACCCACUGCAGAGGAUCACAGUUGAAGAGGCGCUGGGCCAUCCGUACCUGGAGCGGUUGCACGACACCGCCGAUGAGCCCGUCUGCACGGACCCAUUCUCGUUCGACUUCGAGCAGCACGCCCUAACCGAAGACCAAAUGAAGCAGCUGAUAUUCAACGAGGCCAUCGAAUUAAACCCGAAUUUCCGAUAUUAGAUUAAACCCCCGGUGUAUGGUUUCCGUUUUAUACAUGUUUGUAAAUAGGCGCAAGAUUGAAGCGCUGGGUAGACUGAACAUUGCAUUGUUUGUUUGUUGAUGUUCGAGGCCAUGAUUCUCGAUGUAAGCUGUUGCUACUAGUUUCAGGCGUUGCUGUAAUCGGUUGUACCAAGAAUAAAGGUUUGGAGCAUGCCAGUA